UCACUCGUGUCUUCAAAUAUAACUAAAAUCAAAAGCAGAGCCAUACUCAUCUCGAAGCUUCAUUGGAAGAAAGAGCUCGAAGCCAAAACCCAAAUCUUAGAGAGAAGCAGUUAAGCAUCGGAGUUUAUUGUUCGUCGCCAUGGCUGGCUCUGGGAGAGCUCGCGGGUCUCUGAUCGUACUCGCAAUCGUUUUCUUCGGUGGUCUUUUUGCAAUUACUAUUGCCAAAGAGGAAGCUACUAAGUUGGGAACUGUCAUUGGGAUAGAUCUUGGUACAACUUAUUCAUGUGUUGGUGUGUACAAGAACGGUCACGUUGAAAUCAUAGCCAACGACCAAGGAAACCGUAUCACCCCGUCAUGGGUUGCUUUCACCGAAACUGAGAGGUUGAUUGGUGAGGCAGCAAAGAACCAGGCGGCCGUCAAUCCUGAAAGGACUAUCUUUGAUGUCAAGAGGCUUAUCGGAAGAAAGUUUGAGGACAAAGAGGUCCAGAAGGACAUGAAGCUUUUCCCGUUCAAGAUUGUGAACAGGGAUGGAAAGCCUUAUAUCCAAGUACAGAUUCAGGAUGGUGAGACCAAGGUUUUCAGCCCUGAGGAGAUCAGUGCUAUGAUUCUGACUAAGAUGAAGGAAACCGCUGAGGCUUUCCUUGGAAAGAAAAUCAAGGAUGCUGUUGUCACAGUUCCUGCUUACUUUAACGAUGCUCAGAGACAGGCAACCAAGGACGCUGGUACUAUUGCUGGCCUCAAUGUUGCUAGGAUUAUCAAUGAGCCAACUGCUGCCGCCAUAGCUUAUGGUUUGGACAAGAAAGGUGGAGAGAAGAACAUCCUUGUCUUUGAUCUUGGUGGUGGAACUUUUGAUGUCAGUAUUUUGACAAUCGACAAUGGUGUGUUUGAGGUUCUUGCCACAAACGGAGACACUCAUUUGGGAGGUGAGGACUUUGAUCAGAGAAUUAUGGAGUACUUCAUCAAGUUGAUCAAGAAGAAGCACGGAAAGGACAUCAGCAAAGACAAGAGAGCUCUCGGAAAAUUGAGGAGGGAAGCUGAACGAGCCAAGAGAGCUCUCAGUAGCCAGCACCAAAUCCGUGUGGAGAUUGAGUCACUUUUCGAUGGUGUGGACUUUUCCGAACCACUGACCCGAGCUAGGUUUGAAGAGUUGAACAAUGACUUGUUCAGAAAGACCAUGGGACCUGUCAAGAAGGCCAUGGACGAUGCUGGUUUGGAGAAGAGCCAAAUCCACGAGAUUGUUCUUGUCGGUGGAAGUACCAGGAUUCCAAAGGUCCAACAACUUCUCAAGGACUACUUCGAAGGCAAAGAGCCAAACAAGGGUGUCAACCCUGAUGAGGCUGUUGCUUAUGGUGCCGCAGUACAAGGAAGCAUUUUGAGUGGAGAGGGUGGUGAAGAAACCAAAGAUAUCCUUCUUCUUGAUGUCGCACCUUUGACCCUUGGUAUUGAAACUGUUGGUGGAGUGAUGACCAAGUUGAUCCCAAGGAACACUGUUAUCCCAACCAAGAAAUCCCAAGUUUUCACCACUUACCAGGAUCAACAAACCACAGUUUCCAUUCAGGUCUACGAAGGUGAAAGGAGUCUCACAAAGGACUGCAGAAACCUCGGUAAAUUCGAUCUCUCCGGCAUUCCUCCAGCUCCAAGGGGAACUCCUCAAAUCGAAGUGACCUUCGAAGUCGACGCCAACGGUAUCUUGAACGUGAAGGCAGAAGACAAGGGCACUGGUAAAUCAGAGAAGAUCACCAUCACCAACGACAAGGGUCGUCUGAGCCAAGAAGAGAUUGACCGCAUGGUUAAGGAGGCAGAAGAGUUCGCCGAGGAGGACAAGAAAGUGAAGGAGAGAAUCGACGCUCGUAACAGCCUCGAAACAUACGUGUACAACAUGAAGAACCAAGUAAACGACAAGGACAAGCUUGCAGACAAGCUCGAGGCCGACGAGAAGGAGAAGAUCGAGACCGCGGUCAAGGAAGCUCUAGAAUGGCUCGAUGACAACCAGUCUGCCGAGAAGGAAGACUACGAAGAGAAGCUCAAGGAGGUUGAGGCCGUUUGCAAUCCGAUCAUCACAGCCGUUUAUCAGAAGGCUGGUGGUGCCCCUGGUGGUGCUGGUGCAUCAGCUGAUGAUGAUGACGAGGAGUCACAUGAUGAGCUCUAGACAACAACAACAACAACUACAACACCAAAAAAAUGUUUUACUUUUCAUUUGAAUAUUAUUAAAAAGGAAAAUUUUAUAUGCAGAGAAAUUUGAGGACAUAGACUUAGAUUGGUAGGGGGUUCAGGUCAGGAGAGACUAUGCUGUAAUUUCUUUGAUGGUAAAAAGUUGAGAGGGCUGAGUUUUACCCCUGCUUCGCUUUUUGUUUUUUUGAGGUAAAAAAAAAUACGAUUAUGCCCGGUUAAAUUUGUUACUCAUAUUUUUGUAUGUUUUGUUAAUUUGUUAGUAAACUUUUAUUUUCUCAA